AUGAGGGUCGGGGCAGCAGCGACCGUCAUGCCGAUCGCGAACGUGAUCCGGAUCAUGCGGCACCCGGGUGUGCUCCCUGGCCUAUCGAAGGAUUCCAGCGACGCCAAGGAGACGAUCCAGGAGUGCGUGUCGGAGUACAUCAGCUUCAUCACGGGCGAGGCCAACGAGCGGUGCCAGCGCGAGCAGCGCAAGACCAUCACCGCCGACGACGUCCUCUGGGCCAUGUCCAAGCUCGGCUUCGACGACUACGUCCACCCCCUCGCCCUCUACCUCCGCCAAUACCGCCAGCUCGAGGGCGGCGACCACCGCCUCCCCAUUGUAAUCAAGCCGCCGCCUCCGCACGCUCCGCAGAAUUUCGCGGCCGUUCCGAAUCCGAAUGCGAAU